GCACCACUGCCUUAUCCGCUGGGGCCCCUCCCCUACCCAUGUCUUUGGUCCUAGCAGCCCCCUGCAGGGAAGCAUUUCAACUGAACUCAUCAAUUCCUUCAUCAUCCAUGGAGGCCAUGCCCAGGCCAAGUGUAGCUCCCUCGUUGCAGUUGCAGGCCCGUCCGUGCCCGAGGUGGCCGCGCCGGAAGCACUGCCCACCGUCCUCCGUGGCAAGCCGGAGGGUUGCUUGCUCGGCCUCGGCGGCCGACGCCGACGUGGUCGACCUCUUCGACGCCGCUAAGCUAACUGUGGACAAGUUCGUGACGAGCGGCAUGGUGGUGGGGCUCGGCUCCGGCCCUGCGUCCGCCCUGGCCAUCCAGUACCUCGGCACGCGCCUCCGGCGGGGCUCUCUCGCGGGCAUCACCGCAGUGACCUCGUCCGUGCUCAGUGCGAGCGAGGCAGACAAGGCAGGGAUACGGGCUAACAGCUACCAGGAAGGCACCCAGAUUGAUUUUGCUUUCACUGAUGCUGAAGCGAUCGAGGAGGGCACGCUGGCCGCAGUCAUCGGGCGGCGGAAGACCGAGAGCGGAGAGCCCUCUUUCAUGGCGGAGAAGGCGAUGGCUAAAUCAGCUCACAAGCUUGCCUUCAUCACUGGAAACGACAAGUACGUGACGACGGGCGUCGAGGGUUCUAUUCCGGUCCUGAUUAAAAGUGGGAACUGGAUAGACACUGCUGAAGAGAUCGACGAUUUGUUUCUAGGAGACGCAGAGGUUUGGAGGAGGCCGUCGUUUGGAACUGCUGGUCCACUUGGGGGUGACCACCCACUGGUUACCAAGGAGGGCCAUCACGUGCUCGAUGUUAUCUUCACAACACCAAUCCAAGAUCUUGGUCAGGUUGCAGAGAAGUUGGACAAAGUUGAUGGCGUUGUGGAUCACGGGAUUAUUUGCAGCAACCAACCAUACGCUGUCAUUGCAUCCAAGGGGGAAGUGCAGGUCCUGGACGAGAAAUCUUCGGUGAUACAGUAGCGGUGAAACCUUUUUGGCUGCUCUGCAGAUUGUUGCGCUUUUCGGAACAGGAGUCUACUACCAGCUAGCUGGAAAAAAAAUGCCAUGAGUUAAUCAUGUACAACCAGAGCUCUUGUUCACCACUGGACAAUUCAGCCGGCAUCAGUUGAAGUCUGUGUUUCGCAUAAACUUUUUUGAACUGGUACUCAGUUAACCAGAUUCGAUGAAUGUGAGGCAGAGCUACAGCUUCAACUACUCUUCUAGUGUUUCAGGAGUUCGUCUCUUUUCAUAUGAUUGGUUGCCCGCGGCAUCUCA